UUUAUGUACUACCAUUUAGUAAAGCUUCUGUCAAUUCUGUCAACGAGAACAUUUCCAUCUGAAAAAUAUGUGAUUUUAGGUUGACCAACUAGCGUGAUACAAGACAUUGAAGGAAUUCGAAUUGACAUUGUGAAAACAGGAUUUAUUUGUCGCAUUAGUUAGUUUUAGAUGUUAUAAUAACGAUAUGGAGAUGCAGUACCAGAAUCCAAGCCGUAAUCGCCGACCCAAAGAUGAAGACCCAGCAAUCGGUGAGCUUUUUGAGGCAUGUGAUCUUGACGGUAGUGGGUACAUCGAGGAGUCCGAGUUGGCUCAUAUUUGUAACGAGUUGAGCGAAGACGAACUGCACGAUGUCUUCCGAGAACUCGACCGGGACGGCGAUGGUAGAAUAAGCAUUCAGGAUUUCUCCGAAGGAUUUCAGAGCGUCAGUGACACUUUGCUCUCCCUGAGUCGGCGGAAACGACGCCUACGCAGCAGUAACUCACUGGAAAUGGACGCAUUCAUCAGUAGAAUGGGGCCGGGGUAUGAUCAGCUAAACUGCCAAGAACAAGUAUGCGAAUUAUACCAACAACUACAUGCCUCUGAAGUUCCUCAGUUAUUAGCACAUUUUGAGAAUAUCAUUAUAGGAGUUACAAAGGAUCUGAAAUCACAGCAAUCUGAAGUUACGCGACUCGAGAAAACACUGCGCAGGUCCAAUGAAAUGCACCAGGACCACUUGAAGCAACUUGAAGAUGAGAUGGACGCUCAGAUGCUACGAUUAGAACAGAGGAUACGGCAAGAGGAAAGGGAGAAUGCGGAAGUUGAAAAGUUCGAAAUUCGACGCCAGAUGGAAGACGAAAUAUCGGAGUUGCAGGCCAACUUGAAACGAUUUCAUAAGCUGGAGAACCGUUUCCAGAGGGAUACUGGCAGGGAUGAAGCUUUAAGCAACCUCCGGAAACAAGUGGAAGAGUUGAUGCAAGAAAAUAGACACCUGAGGAGUAACUUAACUGAAACACAGACCGAUCUAGCAUUGGUGAGAACUGAACUCGACACCGUGCAAUCCACGUGCGAAGAACAGAGGGGCUCACUGUCCACUGAAAAGGGAACACUUAUGGAGUAUGCGCAUGAACAAGAAAACCUGACUCGUCAACUCCAUUUACUGCAGGAAGUUAAUAAAAAACUUCACGAUACCAACGACGAUCUGAGGGCAGCUCUGGAAUCAAGCAAGCAGACGCAAAAGAGGAGUAUAAAAUCUAUUAGAGCAGCCGGGUCACGUGGUUCAUUCAUGAGUGACUACAUUGACGAAGAGUUGCCAAAUGAUUUUGUACAGACAGUUGGUAUAUUAUCAAAUACAAAACGAGGUUCACGCAUAUACGGAUUGGAUUUUUCACAUCGUAAACGUCCACGAAGCACCAAAUCAUCGAGGGCGUCAUCGAUAGAAGAUGAUAGUCUAUUAGCGUGCGAUCCGCAGAUGAGAGGAAUGAUGGCCCCAUAUCAACGGACCCUUGAGGACUGGGAUGUCGAUUCUGGAAAUUCCACGUUGAGAGAUCCAAACGAAGACUCCGAGUACGAAGCGAACAGCAUCGACGAGGACAUCAGAGUGGGUAGUCCUGCGAGAUACGAAGAUGAUCAAAUGCAGGCUAUAUCCGAGGCAGAGAAUUGCCGCGACGACAACAGUAUGGAGACUGACGUCACUGUUAUACGUGCUAAUAACACACUGACAGAACCAAUGAACACGCCGAGACGAGCGAGUCCCACACUGAGCGUCAAAAGUGUCGACUCGAGGUCAUCGCGCCCGGGGAGCGGCAGGAGGAGGGCGCUUCCCCAAAUACCACUUAGGGCGAUAACUCCCAGCACAGCCAUGCCGGAACGGAUGUACAAAGUAGUAAUGGCCGGUGACGCAGCUGUUGGCAAAUCCAGUUUUAUUCUUAGAUUAUGUAAAGGAAUAUUCCACAACAAUCUUAACUCGACUCUCGGUGUUGAUUUCCAAAUGAAAACCCUAGAAGUUGAUCAGAAGUUGACGACAAUUCAAUUAUGGGAUACAGCGGGACAGGAACGAUUCCGCAGCAUCGCCAAAUCCUACUUCCGUCGAGCCGAUGGCGUUCUUCUUCUCUAUGACGUCACAUUUGAGAGGUCCUUCAUCAAUGUACGAGAUUGGAUAGAGGCGAUUGCGGAUGGAGCUCAAAAGGAACUUCCGAUCGUAAUGUGUGGUAACAAGACUGAUGCACGUGCCGAGACGACAGCCAAGGGAAUACGGUGUAUAUCGACAGAGGAGGGCGAGAAAUUAGCUAAGGCCCAUAAUGCACUGUUUCUUGAAACAAGUGCCAAGGAGGGAGAUGGAAUCAUUGAAGCUGUCACAGAACUUGCCAGACGUCUCCAUGAACGUGAAGAUUUAGAAGUGCAGGAGAUUGGUAUGAAGCUGGGUGACGAUUCAAUGAAGAAAAAAGAUAGCAAGUGUUGUAAUAUGUAACCAGGAAUUCCCAGCGUUCACCGCGUGGCUUCAAAUCAAAGCCUUCCAUCGUCCGUAUUUUUUUUAAAACAGCGUGAUAUCAAUCCUAUACAUUAGCAUUAUAUAUAAGUUUCAAAGCAGUGGAGACAUUUUUGACUUGGUGUGAGAGGACAUAUGCACAUAUAUUCACAGAGCAACUUUGUAUAUAUCACAUUUUUCUUGUUAUUUAUACGAUAAAUUAUAAAAUCAACGAGUCCAGAUUAUCGUUGUUUUAUAACAUUCCAUUUACAUAUAUAUAUAUAUUGUUUUUUUAUACAUAAACAAAAAAAAUCUGAAAAAUAUGUUAAAUAUAUUUAGGUGUAGGUUUUUUACGCGAUUUGAGAACAGUUGGUGUUCACCAAUAAGUGCCUUGCAAUGACGAAUAUUCAAUGAUUUUUAAGUCUUUGAAAUAAACAUAUAUUUUUCAGUUAUUCUCUAUUAGUUGUUUCAACCAUAGGUUCUGUCUAGAUUAGUGUUGCAAUACAUUACAUGUAUAUCAGGAAAUUACGCUGAGCAAUCUGUUACUAUACAGCGUGACCCUUCGUUUUAUGAAGCGUAUACUGGUAUAACAUGUGCACGGUUGGCAUAGAGACCUACACCACCAAGUGCACUGUGCAGAUGUUUUAGACGGAACAGAUAAUAGUGUUUCAGGCUACCCAUCGAUGUGGUUUAUUCUUACUUCACAAAGCUUAAAAAUGGCGGACUUCAUAGCAACGUGAAUUUGACAUCACUACUAUCACUGUAUUUUGGUCGGAUAAAAUAUACUUUAUAUGUUGUACACAGCGGUACAAACACGAAUCCCCAAAACGAAUUACAAAAUCCUAUUCAUUAGUUUAAAAAAAUAAUACAGUUAACCGCGUUCACGGGUAGCCUGAAGAGAUUGUAUAACUCAGAUUGUGGCGUUCCUUGACAUAUCUGUUUUGUAUCAAUAUUGGUUUGAGAUAGAUAACAUUCAGAUCUAUCUGUGUAAAUAUACUUCUUAGUCAUAUACCUACUAGAUAUACAUUUUAGCGUCUUAUUUAUCUCUAGUGUUCAUUCGAUUUCAUUAAGUAUGUAUAUAUUUUAUCAUUUUUUUGGAAGUUCCUUUCAUUGUAUAUAUUUUCUUCAGCUCUGGAAAGUACAAUCAGUACUGAUCACUUUGUUGCCAUGACAUCAAAUAUGGACAUUAGACUAAUCGUUUUUAUUUAUCAAAUCGAAUGUGCCAUUAUUCAAUGUAUUUAUCAGGUUUAUUUUUUUUCAGGCAUAUUUUAGUAACGUUUUUCUCGAGGCUGUAAUUAUAGAUUAUUUUUAGGAUUAUGCAGGGUUAUAUGUACCAGCCAGGUGUACGCCACCUGACCUUCGAACCCGGGACGUGUCAAAGACAGUAGUAGCAAAACAACUCAACUUAGCCAACCACACCUCAUUCACCGAUACUAAAAUUGAAAAGGAAAACCGGAGUUGAGAAGAUAGUGUAGUGUAGAAUAGUAAAUAUAUAUACAUAUGUUUUUUGGGUAACGUCCGGGGCUUUAAGGUGAAGGCGUACACAUGGCUGAAAUAUUUGGCGUGUUUGCCAGGCAAGUUUAUAUGUUACAAAUACAGCCGGUCUUAUUUGCCGUCUUUUUACAUGAUCAGUGUGGACAGACUAUUAAUUACCAUAUUUGGUUAUAUUCAUGACGUGCUGCGCAGUACACGCCAACUUGUAAUACGUUAUUACUCGUUUGCCGAGCAUGCGCAUUAUCUGAAACAAUUACGACCAAUGAAAAAGGCGUUAACGUUUGUAAACAUGGCUGGUAAACACUAUUUACGUAAAUAGAACAGAGUAAGAUAGCUUUAGUCUUAUCUAUAACACGAUCUAUAGCACACACAUACUGAUUUAUGGGGGCAUCGAAUCUCAUGGCACGCAGGUCGUAUACAAAUUCAAGUGAGCAAGAGAUUUCAAUAACACUGUAUCACAAAAAAAGUAAAAGUAACCCGUAAAACAUUACAUUAUAUUUGAAUUGGAAUACCGCGGGUCUUGUUUCCCUCUCGGAUGAAAUAAACAACAAACGAAUAGUUAAAAUGAACAAUCGUUAUUUUAGACGACAGGAUUAUCAAUCAAUAGUACCAACCCUACUAGCUACCAAUAUAUACGAUAUUAACUAAGUUUUAUCGUCGAUAUACAACUAUGUUACAUUGCGUUUUUCCAAAAUGCUUUGCAAGUGAUACGUUAUGAAGGAAGCCAUGAUUUUAUUUUUGUUUUAUAUUUACAGAUUUAUAUUGAUUUUCAUUCAUUCUUUCUCACAUAAUUGUUCUAAGAGAUGAAGAUUAUUAUAUAUAAAAGAUAGUCAUUUUUCUGUUUUCAUUACUCCGUCUUGUAGAUAUACUGUCCUGUUUUCUCCAAAUUUUGUUGUCACUAGAACAUUUGACAUAUGUUUUGUUGUCACUAGAACAUUUGACAUAUGUUUUGUUGUCACUAGAACAUUUGACAUAUGUUUUGUUUUCGCUAAAAAAAUUAUUACUGAAUGUAUCACAAAAUCAAUUCACUAUUUGUUGUCACUCGAUCGUUUUCCUGUUACUUCGUGUUGUCACUAUAUUUUUUCACUGUUUUCACCACUUCGUGUUGUUACGACACUAAUUACUGUUUCACUACUUCCUGUUAUCACUAGACCAGUUAUCAUGUUUUCACUACUUUGUGUUGUCAAUGUCGAUUAGUUUAGUGUUUCCCUACCAGUUAUCAUGUUUUCACUACUUUGUGUUGUCAAUGUCGAUUAGUUUAGUGUUUCCCUACCAGUUUUCAUGUUUUCACUACUUUGUGUUGUCAAUGUCGAUUAGUUUAGUAUUUCCCUACCAGUUUUCAUGUUUUCACUACUUUGUGUUGUCAAUGUCGAUUAGUUUAGUGUUUCCCUACCAGUUUUCAUGUUUUCACUAUUCCGUACUAUCACUAGAUCAUUUUCUUGUUUCACUACAUCGUGUUGUCACUAACAGAUUUGACUGUUUCAUUAUAUCGUGUUGUCUCUGUAUGCUGUCACUAUAUUAGUAUACUCUUUCAAUACUUGUUAUCAUCACUAGAUCGUUUUCUUGUUUUCACUAGAUCAUUUUGCUGUUUUCAAUAUUUCUUGUUGUCACUAGAUCAUUUCAUCUAUUCACUACUUCGUGUUGUCACUAGAUCAUUUCAUCUAUUCACUACUUCGUGUUGUCACUAUACCAUUUUAUCUUUCACUACUUCGUGUGUCAUUAGAUCAUUUUACUGUUUUCACUACCUCGUGUUGCCACUUGAUUCAUUUUAUCCUUUCACUACUUCGUGUUGUCACUAGAUCAUUUUAUUCCUUUCACUAAUUCGUUGUCACUAGACCAUUUUAUCCCUUUCACUACUUCGUGUUGUCACUAUAUCAUUUUAUCCCUUUCACUACUUCGUGUGUCAUUAGAUCAUUUUACUGUUUUUACUACCUCGUGUUGUCACUACACUCGUUUUAUCCUUUCACUACUUCGUGUUGUCACUAGAUCAUUUUAUUUCUUUCACUACUUCGUGUUGCCACUAGACCAUUUUAUCCAUUUCACUACUUCGUGUGUCAUUAGAUCAUUUUACUGUUUUCACUACCUCGUGUUGUCACUAGAUUCGUUUUAUCCUUUUCACUAAUUCGUGUUGUCACUAGAUAAUUUUACUGUUUUCACUACCUCGUGUUAAUAUAAAAUAAUAUUUGUGAUUUCUACUUGGUUUUAUGACCAGGUCCAGUGUUCACUAUUUUUGGUAUCACUGGAUCAUUUUUCUGUUUUCACUACUUGUUAUCGGCACAAUAGUCAUUUUACUGUUGUCACUUCAUUGUGUUAUCACUAGUUUAUUAUAGGUGUAGGUGUUUUACAUAAUCUGUAAGCCAUAUUUUUCAUAACAAUAUUAUCUUAUGUGGUAAGGCAAUUAUGAACAAAUUACAUGGAAAUAAAUGAAUAAACAGCAUGUGUCGUGUA